CAGACCAAUGGCGAUGGAGCUGAGUUGGAGCUGAGAAGUUUGAGUAAGAGAUAAGGAAGAGAGGUGCCCCGAGCCGUGCGAGUCCGCCGCCGCCGCUGCGCCUCCGCUCCGCCAACUCCGCCGGCUUAAAUCGGACUCCCAGAUCCUCGAGGGCGCGGCGCAGCCGGGCGGGCAUUGGUUUCCCCCAGCCUUGGCAACCCCCGGGGCCACUAUUUGCCACCUAACCACAGCACCAGCAUCCUCUCUGUGGGCUGUUCACCAGUUGUCCAACCACCAUUUCACUGUGGACAUUACUCCCUUUUACAGAUAUGGGAGACAUGGGCGAUCCACCAAAAAAAAAACGUCUCAUUUCCCUAUGUGUUGGUUGCGGCAAUCAAAUUCACGAUCAGUAUAUUCUGAGGGUUUCUCCGGAUUUGGAAUGGCAUGCGGCAUGUUUGAAAUGUGCGGAGUGUAAUCAGUAUUUGGACGAAAGCUGUACGUGCUUUGUUAGGGAUGGGAAAACCUACUGUAAAAGAGAUUAUAUCAGGUUGUACGGGAUCAAAUGCGCCAAGUGCAGCAUAGGCUUCAGCAAGAACGACUUCGUGAUGCGCGCCCGCUCUAAGGUGUACCACAUCGAGUGUUUCCGCUGUGUAGCCUGCAGCCGACAGCUCAUCCCGGGAGACGAAUUCGCGCUGCGGGAGGAUGGGCUUUUCUGCCGCGCGGAUCACGACGUGGUGGAGAGGGCCAGCCUGGGAGCUGGAGACCCUCUAAGUCCCUUGCAUCCAGCGCGGCCUCUGCAAAUGGCAGCCGAGCCCAUCUCCGCUAGGCAGCCAGCUCUGCGGCCGCACGUCCACAAGCAGCCGGAGAAGACCACCCGAGUGCGGACUGUGCUCAACGAAAAACAGCUGCACACCUUGCGGACCUGCUAUGCUGCCAACCCUCGGCCAGAUGCGCUCAUGAAGGAGCAACUCGUGGAGAUGACCGGCCUCAGUCCUCGAGUCAUCCGAGUGUGGUUUCAAAACAAGCGGUGCAAGGACAAGAAACGCAGCAUCAUGAUGAAGCAGCUCCAGCAGCAGCAACCCAACGACAAAACUAACAUCCAGGGGAUGACAGGAACUCCCAUGGUGGCUGCUAGUCCGGAGAGACACGAUGGUGGCUUACAGGCUAACCCAGUAGAGGUGCAAAGUUACCAGCCGCCCUGGAAAGUACUGAGUGACUUCGCCUUGCAAAGUGACAUAGAUCAGCCUGCUUUUCAGCAACUGGCUGUUAUAAAUUACAAGGACUUCAGAGACCACCUUGGCAUUUGGAUCAGCAAUCAGUCAAUUUUUCAGAAGGAGGACCCGGCUCUAAUUCCACUGGCAGUGAAGUAGCAUCUAUGUCCUCUCAGCUCUCAGACACACCCAACAGCAUGGUAGCCAGUCCUAUUGAGGCAUGAGGAACGCUCAUUCAGAUGUUUUGUUUUGUUUUGUUUUGUUUUCUUCCCCUGUUGGAGAAAGUGGGAAAUGACAUUGAACUCCGAAAUAAAAAGUAUUUAACGACCCAGUCAAUGGAAACUGAAUCAAGAAACGAACGCUCCACAAAGUGCACGAAGUCUGUUCUAACGACAAGGUGAUAUGGUAGCAACACUGUGAAGACAAUCAUGGGAUUUUACUAGAAUUAAAAACAAACAAACAAACAAACAAAACCCUAAGCCCAACAUAUGCUAUUCAAUGACCUUAGGAGUACUAAAAAAGAAAAAGAAAAAAAAAAGAGAGAGAGAGAGACGUUUUUAAAACGUAGAGGAUUUAUAUUCAAGGAUCUCAAAAAAUGCGCAUUUUCAUUUCACUGCACAUCUAGAGGAAGAGCAGAAAUAGAGAAUUUCCUAGUCCAUCCUAUUCUGAAUGGUGCUGUUUCUAUAUUGGACAUUGCCUUGCCAAACAGGAGCUCUGGCAUAGAGUGGAAGAAACCGGCCUCAGUGGCUUGAAAGAGUCCUUUCAGGAAGGCGGAGCUGCAUUGGUUUGCAAUGUUUUUAGUUGACUUUGACAAGGGGUGAAGUGAAAUUCUGGGUCUCUUGAGCAUGCCCUGUAGCUGGUUUCUCUUUUACGUUUGCCUCUUCUCCAUCCUUUUCUUUCCUUUUCUUUAUUUCUCGUUACAUUUUUUUUUGAGAUCCAUCCUCUAUCAAGAAGUCUGAAGCGACUUUAAAGGUUUUUGAAUUUAUAUUUAAAAACCAACUUAUAAAGCAUUGCAACAAGGUUACCUCUAUUUUGCCACAAGCGUCUCGGGAUUGUGUUUGACUCGUGUCUGUCCAAGAACUUUUCCCCCAAAGAUGUGUAUAGUUAUUGGUUAAAAUGACUGUUUUCACUCUUUCUGGAAAUAAAGAGGAAAAAAGGAAACUUUUUUUUGUUUGCUCUUGCAUUGCAAAAAUUAUAAAGUAAUUUAUUAUUUAUUGUCAGGAGACUUGCCACUUUUCAUGUCAUUUGACUUUUUUUUGUUUGCUGAAGUAAAAAAAAAGAUAAAGGUUGUACCGUGGUCUUUGAAUUAUAUGUCUAAUUUUAUGUGUUUUGUCUUUUUUUUUCUUUAAAUAUUAUGUGAAAUCAAAGCGCCAUAUGUAGAAUUAUAUCUUCAGGACUAUUUCACUAAUAAACGUUUGGCAUAGAUAAUUAAAUAAACGCAAUGAUUCAG